AUGGCUACCGCCCAAAUGCCAACGGACAUACCCAAACCAUCUUUCGCAAAGGUCGCUGCUUCAGCAUCGAAAGAUUAUCCUCCUGUCACUACCGUGCGACGAGUCGCCGCGCCAUCCCAAGAACGCCCUGAACAGCCUGCGCUGACUGGCGCCCCCACACCUGUUGUUGCAAACGGCGCCGAUAACCACCCAUCUGCCGUCAUGGGCUCUACGAAAACCGCAUCGACGGCCACUCAACGCGAGCCAUCUCCGCCCAAGAAGCCCGACUCAAGCGACCCCGUCGUCGAUGGACUGAAGGAUUUGAACAUUGGACGAACUCCCAGUCUUGUCGUUAACGGAACGGGCUCAACGUUCACCGAGAGAUCAAAAUCCGCAACUAAGGAUGGAUCGGAUGAUUCUCAGAGAGCGGAUUCAAGCUCCGAGCUUGGAACGAAGCCUGCUAGUUUAGACGGGAAGAGCAUUACUUCAGGAACUACCUUUGCGCUUGAUGAGAAGGAAUCGCUGCGUCCUGAUGACAGUGCCAGCGUGAAAGCUGCUGCUGCCGAAGACGAUGACGCCUUCUCGUUUCGCGGGCCGAACCUGCCCAACUCUAGGAUGGGGUCAGACAUCGCCGCGCGUGCUAGAGGCAUCAUUCAGCUCGGCGACAUGCCAGACCGCCGUCUUGCCCAACCCGUAUCUGGAUCAUUGAGCCAGGGCAUGAUUACGCCACAGAGCGCGUCCUCAGAUCAGCAACAGCCUUCUGCGAAUGCGCUGUCGGCCAACUUACCCGACUCCGCCAAUCUCUUGAACACGAUCUACGGGCAGGCACCGGAUGAAAAGCUUUUAGAAGCCAUGGCGUCUCCCAAAGACCGACUUUUUCUGCUUAGAUUAGAGGCGGAACUGAUCAAGUUUGUUCAGAAUUCCAAGGAACCUUAUAUGGAUUUUCCUCCAUCCAACUCAUUCUGCAGAAUGUUAACCCACAAGUUGGCUGAUUACUAUCGAAUGACGCAUCAAUAUGAAGCACGAAUUGGAUCUGUGCGAAUCUUCAGAACUCCGUACGCCAGAGUUCCCGAGUCUUUAGCUAGUAUUGCGGCUCCGGAAACUAGUGCUGAGACGCCACCGCCUCCUGCCGUUCUCCCCAGGAAGAUCAUGCGACGUGGUGAGGAUGGGGAGCUUGCAACCGCCAGCGCCUCGCCAUCGAAGCCCACGUCCGAAACUGGAAGUGAUUCCAAGGACAAGAAUGCGGCUGGGAAUCAAAAGCUAUCGAGAGAACAACGUGAGGAGGCCUACAAGCAGGCCCGAGAGAGGAUCUUUGGCAACUCGGAGAAGACCGGAGAGUCAACCCCUGACAACGAGGGCGAAAAUGGAAUUUCACGAGCCAGCUCCGUCUCGGCGAGAGACAAAUCGAAUGCUGGAAAGAGGGGCAAGACUGGGAAGCAAAGACGUGACGAUUCGGACAGCUUCGAUUCACGACACAACUAUACCCCGUACUGGGGUCCUCAGCAACAGACCUGGAUGCCGCAGCCGCAAUACGUCCCUGUGUCCAAUCAGUACGGGGCUCCGGUUCAACAACCCUAUUCGAAUCAGAUACAGCCUCCUCCCUACAACACCACUCCGACGCAAUCUUUUGCUCCAAUGAUGCCCAACUCAGGUUAUAACGCGUAUCCUAACAUGGCCCAGUAUUCUCCUCAGACCAGCCAACCUUCAUUCCAGCCACCUCCGAACGCCGCUGCUCGGGGUUAUGGUGGACCUGCUCCUGGACCUGCUCCCGCCCAAGCCGGCUGGCAGCAGGGCUUUGCGCCAGGUCCGGCUCCGGCGGCGAUGCCGCCAUCCGGGCCUAAUGCAGCAUCCUACACCCCGCGGGGCAUGUCCGCUCCGCCUGGACAGAGCACUGUGCCUUAUAUGUACGGGCAGCUGCCAGCCAAUGUCAACCCCAAUGACCCUAAGAGCCAGCAUCCCAUUCCGGGUAGCUACAACCGUCACGCCUUCAACCCCAAGACGCAAUCAUUUGUCCCGGGUGGCGGCAUGGCUCCGAUGCAGCCGCCUCAACCCCCGUUCAGCGCCCCUGGAUCCCAUCAUGGCAGCCCCCAGAUCGGCUCACCUCACCUGGCGUAUGCCGGAUAUCAGCAACCGGGCCCGCCUGCACCGUACGGCGUUGUAGCAGGUUAUGGUAUGGCUAGACAGGGGUCAAACAACUCUAUUCCCUCUUACCACGGCCCGCCGUCACAACACCCUCACCAUCUCAACACCAUCCCCCAAGCACCGGGUCCUCACAUUCCGCCGCAGCAUCCUUCUCAACAUCUCCCCCAAAACCCGUCUCCUCACAUCCCUAACAAACCCGUCAUCCCUCAGGGCCCGGCCGGACAGACGUUCAGCCACCUGCCGCACUACGGCAACCCUGCUACUUUGCCGCAAAAGCCGAACAUGGGCGUUUAG